AUGGUGGGUACUCGUAGUAACGAUAACCCGUCUAGUAGCAGUGCCCCACAGCCCGAAGUGGAUCCAAACCAACUUCUGGCAAUGAUUCAGGGAUUGGUUACCAAUCAGCAGCACUUGGCGGGACAGCUUCACAGGGAGCCGCAGCCCCAGCCUCCCCCUCGUCCAGAGUCUAGCGUCAGGGAGUUCCGGUAUAUGCGACCUCCUUUCUUUUCUGGUACCGAGGGACCUUUAGCAGCAAAGGAGUUUCUUAAGGUCACGGAGACUAUUCUCACGGUGACCCGCAUCCCCCAUGCUGAAUGGGUGGACCUCAUGGAUAUUCAGCUUACCGACACCGCUCGGAUUUGGUGGACUGCAGAGAAAGCUCAUUUGGAGAGACCGAUUUUGUGGGAUACCUUCACAGACCGCUUCAACAGGAAGUACUUCCCUCAGUCAGCUCGGGACGAGCUUUUGCGAAGAUUUGUGGAGCUCAAGCAAGGAGGCCGGACAGUAGAUGAGUACGAGGCCGAGUUUUCUUCUUUGAGCCGAUACGCUCCACACUUAGUUACAGACCCGAGGAUCAGGAGGCAUCAGUUUCAGAAGGGUCUGGAUAAGUAUAUCAGGUUUGCUCUAGCUGGUAGAGCACUUGCGACCCACGACGCCGUGUUGGAUGUAGCACGCGAGAUCGAGAGCGUUUAG